ACACAGCUACUCUGCACAUUGGAGGGGGAACUCAUGCUCACAGGAAGCCUCUGCGCACAUGAAGAGCGAGAGAGAGAGUAAAAGAGAAAAAACAGACAACGCCUGCUGCCGGUCACAGCAGAAUACAUAAAGUGCCUCCUCAUGAACACAUGCAGCUAAAAAGCUCCUUUCUUAACUGGGUGGAUCGUUUCUGAGUGUCUGUCGGUGAAGUGACAGGGCAAAAUGUCUCGACGGGACCAGAGGUUUCGGAGAGGAAUGAAAGGACGGUGUUCUGAAUGUGGCUGCAUCCUGUCACACUGGUACUAUGAAAGAGAGGGACAGCUCUACUGUAAGAAGCACUACUGGGCCCGAUACGGAGAGCACUGCCACGGCUGUAAAGAGACCAUCGCAACAGGACUCAUUAUGGUUGCUGGAGAGCAGAAGUACCACCCUGAAUGCUUCAUCUGUAUGAGCUGUGAAAUGUUCAUUGGAGACGGAGACACCUACACGCUUGUCGAACGCACAAAACUGUACUGCGGCCACUGUUUCUGUCAGGGCAUUGAAUCAGCAGCGGGGUCAGCUUCACCACUCACCAAGAGUCGGCACAUGGUGGCGUUGGUGUCUCUUCCUCCCCAUGCAGGUGGCCGACGAGGCCUGACUGUAGCCACAGACUUCAACCAAGAAAAAGGCUCUGCUGUCACUGUGACAGAGUUAGACUCAGCUGCCCUCAACUCUGAUCUGCUGUCCUCUGUCCACACUGGUGACCGAGUACUGGAGGUAAACGGAAUCCCCGUCCACAACAUUUCCCCAGAUGAGAUAAACUCUGUGAUCCAGGACACAAACAGACCACUGCAGCUGACCAUUGAACACAACCCGCAGUCUGCUGUUGACCCCCUUCGCUCAAACAAUCACCAGGACGACAUCAACUGUCCUGACCCAUGUGUCCGUGACAAACUUUCCUCAACCCACAAACUCCCCAGUCUGGAGGAAGAGCCAAGUCCAGGGGAGGAAGCAGGUGAACCGGGAGUGAACCUCAGGAUGAGCAUCUCACCUCCUCAGCACCAAGGAAACAUGGGAAUGCGAUCCAGACACAUUCUGCGCAGCUGUAGUAUAGACAAGUGUCCUCUGUCCCCUGGAGCCCUGUCGCUUUUAUCUCGGAGAGACAUGGUUCGCUCAGAGUCUCUUCGUGUGGACCCUGGAGAACGGACCCAUCGCAUCUUCAGACCGUCAGACCUCAUCCAUGGAGAAGUGCUUGGAAAGGGCUUCUUUGGACAGGCUGUCAAGGUGACGCACCAAGAGACAGGGGAGGUGAUGGUGAUGAAAGAGUUGAUAAGAUUUGACGAAGAGACACAGAAGACUUUCUUAAAGGAGGUGAAAGUGAUGCGCUGUCUGGACCACCCCAAUGUUCUAAAGUUCAUCGGUCUGUUUUAUAAAGACAAACGAAUAAACUUUGUCUCUGAAUACAUCCAAGGGGGAACUCUACGAGAGACCAUCGCAAAAAUGGACAAGGAUUUUCCAUGGAAUAUAAGAGUGGGUUAUGCCAAAGACAUUGCAGCUGGAAUGGCCUAUCUGCACUCCAUGAAUGUUAUCCACCGAGAUCUGAACUCACACAACUGCCUGGUCAAAGAGAACCAGUCUGUGGUGGUGGCAGAUUUUGGACUCGCCCGGUUGGUGAGGGAGGAGAGAAAUCAGAGCAGAACAUCCUCUCUGGAAAGACCUCCAAAGGGGACACUGUCAGAGCUCCGCAGGCCUGACCGGAGGAAGCGCUACACCGUGGUAGGAAACCCCUACUGGAUGGCUCCUGAGAUGAUUAAUGGGAAAAGCUAUGACGAACGGGUGGACAUCUUUUCAUUUGGUAUCAUGAUAUGUGAGGUAAUAGGUAGAGUGAAUGCUGACCCUGACUACCUUCCCCGGACGAACGACUUUGGGCUGAAUGUAGCUGGUUUCCUGCAGCAGUACCACCCUCCACAGUGCCCCUCGGCCUUCCUGCCACUGAGUGUCCUCUGCUGUGACAUGGAUGCUGAUAAACGUCCUUCCUUUUCAAAGCUGGAGGAGUGGCUGGAGAACCUGCUAAUGCACCUGGACAUCGGCCUGCCUCUGCUCUCUGAGAUAGAGCAACUCCGCAGAGCCUUUUGGCAGAAUCACAACCACCAAAACCACUGUCACAACCAAGACAAGACCUGUGAUUCUCAUGAACAAACACACUGUUCACCACAGAGCCCCGAACCCGAGCAACAUUUGGACGAUGCAAAUAACCACAUAGAAUCUGAUCACCUCACCUCACCUGAUAGCCAUUUGGACAAAGAGCAGCACCCACAUGACAACCAUGACAUGAGGACUGAACACAACCACUCCUGUUUGAGCAGAGAAUGUAACGACCACUCACAAGACAAAAGCCAGACAAGUUGCAGGUCUAUGAACACAGACUCAAGUGAGACUGGGUCUGAAACCUAUGAAUGUAAUAACUCCUCGGGGCAGGAGGCCCAGGAUGAGCCAUCAUAACAGCUGCAGCUAAACAACUCACAGCCAGGCCGGUCUAACAGGCUCAGAAGGACGUGCAGAGCACUGUGGGACAGCUCCACAGAGGACAGCUCUUUUCUCUGACUGCUUUAAUCUGAUGGCCAAGUCAGGGUACAUCGACAAAGCACAGUUUUCAGGGAUAAAAACACUUUCUAAAGACUUCUGUGCCUUUUCAAACAAGUGAGAGAGAAGUUAAAGAGUCAUUAAAGUGUAUGUGGAGGACUAAUAAAUGGAAAACCUGCAGAGACAUUUUACAUGAUCUGUAUGUCAUUUAAUGACAGCUGCCUAGCACAUAAGAUUAGCCUCAUAUUGCUCUGUGAACCAGUAUUUAUGUAGUUUCAAUAAGAGCCCCACACAUGUUGAUAUUUCAGAGUUAAGUUUCAAUUGUGUUGACCGGAAAUUGUUUUUUUAAAAUAGCACAUGACAGAAACAAACAUUUUUGAUAAGGAUUCUUUAAAUUCCACAAAGUUUGUCAGUGCUUUCAGGUGGACAGAUUUUGUAAUGGCAACACUGUUCCUAAAUUACCUGACAUGUCUUUGGCAUUUCUGUGCUACAAUUUCUCUUUACUUAUCAGUCAACAUCUAUGAUGAUAUUAGUAUAUCGGUGAUAAGCUAAAAUUGGCCGGCCAAUUUAUCAAUUGAGGUCUAGUGUCAGCUUAGUCUAGAAUCUGUGAAUCAUAUGGCACUUUAUACUUUAAGCUACACUGCAUGGGUAAAUUAUUUAUCUGAAUGCCUUGCAUAUUUUCUGUUGAAAUGUUUCAGAGCACCUCUAACAUACUGAGCUGUGAACAUACAAGUACAACUGUAAAUUAAUAAAGAGAAAUAUAAACUAA